GAAGGUCAAAAGUGGGGAUAGAAGGUGGCAACAGCGUCAAGAGACAUACCAUGUCGUACAGAAGACGGCGAGGAAAUACUGGACAGCAGGGAGAUGACGAUGGGGGUGGGGUGAAGGGCCCUUCGAGUGCGUUAACGUCAUUUUUGAGAGAACAGGGAAUCAACGCUGAGCAGAUCAGACUUCGUUACGAAAGAUCACAGAGGCAGCAGAACGGAGAAGAAGUGCCGGCUGAGAUUGCAGAAGAGCUUACUGCAGUGGUGCAGCAGCCAGAGGAUGAUGCAGGCGGCGAGAUUCUCGAUGGGGACUCACAUGGCCCGCUGAAUUUGGCCUUGGACUCCGACGAGGAGGAGAUCGACGAUGAUGAGGGAGGAGCAGCAUCGGCCAAGCGCAGAAGGACCAGUGGAGAUUUCAGCGGAGUCUCUUCCAACGGCGCUGCAAUAUACUGUCUUGAGUGCGAUCAGCACUUCAACAUUUCUGUGUACUCAAAGAAGAUGGAGAAGUACGGCAAGAUUGGUUACCUUUGCCCUUCGUGUACGAAGAUCCAGAUGCGGAGAGAAAGGUUGGCGAAAAAACACGAGAUCGAAGCCAGAAAGAGGCGGAAGAAGGUUGCAGCGGCCUUGCUUGAUAAAAAGCAAUUCAAGUUGCCGUCCCUUCAAGAUUUCUGCAUCAAUAUCAUCACCCAGAAUAUCAACGAGGUGGAACUUCUAGGGGAGAUUGGUAACCACAACAAGAUGAAAAUUUGCAGGAUUUUGGCGAAAAAUAGGUCGUUGAACAACAAGACAGUCGGGUUGUUUUUAGAUAACAAGACAACGGAAUUGGAAUUCUGGGACUGUUGUAAGAUCGAUAAGAAUUCCCUUGAUAAGAUUGCUGCCUAUUGCCCGAAACUAGAGUCUUUGACGCUAAAUAUGUGUGGUCAGUUACACAAUGACAACUUGAGAUAUUUCGGUAGCAAGUUGGCCAGUUUAGAGUCAUUAUCGUUGAAUGGGCCGUUCUUGAUCAACGACGACACGUGGCAGAGCUUUUUUGACAGUAAUGUGGGUAAAAAUCUAAAGCAUUUUCAUCUUCGAAAUACUCAUAGAUUCACAAAUGACUCGUUGGUUUCCUUGUUGGAAAACUGUGGCAAUAACCUAAAGUCUUUGACGUUGAGCAGAUUGGAUGGGUUGGACUCUAAACCGGUGUACGAUCUUCUGCCCCAUUUUCUGAGCGCACUAGAACAUCUUGAGAUAUCUUCACCCCAUCAUGAAAACUUGAUCGAUGAUGAUUUAAUAAUAAAUUUGUUGGCGAUCAACUGCGAAACUUUGACGUCUCUAAACUUGGACAAAUGUUCGGGCCUAACAAACAGGUUUUUGGCUGACGGUUUGAGAGCUUUCGGAUCAAAUGUGACUAAGUUAUCGAUAGCAGACCUAGAUCAGAUUGAUGAUACUGGAAUGAUGAGUUUGUUUGAAAAUUGGGAUAUAAAUGGAGGUCUGACAGACAUAUGCUUGGAAAGGUGUUUUUCCCUUGGCGAUAAGUCUAUUUAUACAAUGUUAUCACACUCAAGCCAGACCUUGGUUCAGCUAAAUCUGAACAGUGUGAAGGAAAUUUCGAAGGUGAUGUUUUCUAGGUUAUCUCGAAACAUCAUUUUUCCUUUGCUAACAAAUUUGGACAUUGGCUUUGUACGAAGCGUUGAUGAUUCUGUUCUAGCUAUCUUAUCACGAAUAUGUCCCAAAUUGGAAAUUUUGGAAGUUUACGGAAAUAACAGAUGUACGGAAAAAGCGUUGGUAAAGGAUAGUUUAACUGUCAUAGGCAGACAAACAGACAGUAUAUAGAAAAUGGACAAUUAUCAGAAAAGAGUACAAAUUAUAUUGAUUCGUGUAUAUAUUUUACAUUCAAGCUGGCUUUUUCUACAUUUCUAAAACGAGGUAAUGCAGGAGCGGUCGAAGUUUUAAAAGUGUUCUCCGAUAUAAGUAGUGGGUUUGUCAAAGUUGGUCUUCCUUCGCACAUGGCUGCAGGAUGACCAUUCUCCUUGACAAGUCUUCGAUUUGUAGUUUCUUCAUCAUUAUCUUCUGCAAGUCUUACUUUUAGGUAGUGCUUCAUAUGCAACGACGACUCAACGUCUG